AGAGAGUGUGAGGGUGCGUGUGAGAGGGCCGUACGGGCGAUAAGUAAUAAACGAUAAGUAAUAACAAUCGAAAAAAGGACUCUCUCACACACUACACACUACUACACACACACUCACGUUUCCUAUUCCCUCGGCGUGUGCCCGCCUUUUUGGUGAACCCUCUUCCCCAACCUUACCGCCGCCGGUCGUCGUGGUGGUGGUGCUCGAUCUUUAUAUCUCUCGUCCCUCUUCCCACUUGCUCUCGAUCUUCCUUUUCCCCCUUCUCCACUUCCUCUCAAACAUUAUUGUUCGCAAUUCCUCCUCGUUGCUGUCAGAUUCGUGCGAUCGCAGCGCUGUGCUUCCUUGUUGAACCUCUUUAGACAUCUCCGUCUGAACAUUCCCGCCAUUGGAAAUUCCUCCACCCCGCCAAAUCUCCCUCACAACCCCCCAGAAUUUCAUUCUUCAAAAUGGCUACCGUAAGCCCUUACAUCUCAAACACCGCCAACCUUCAAAAAUACCUUUCGCUCCCGCAAAAAGGCAAGAUCAUUGCGGAGUACGUCUGGAUUGACUCCACCGGUGGCACUCGCUCCAAGUCAAGAACUCUCCCCAAAUACCCCGACUCAGUCAAGGAGCUUCCAGAAUGGAACUUCGACGGUUCCUCCACUGGCCAAGCGCCUGGUGACAACUCAGAUGUCUACCUUCGCCCAUGCGCUUUCUACCCGGACCCUUUCCGCCUUGGUGACAACAUCCUCGUCCUCUGUGAGACCUGGAUGUCCGACGGUACCCCCAACGCCUUCAACUUCCGCCACGAUGCCGCCGUCCUGAUGGAGAAGAACGCCAGCCACGAGUUCUGGUUCGGUCUCGAGCAGGAAUACACCCUCCUCGAUGUCGACGGAUGGCCAUACGGCUGGCCUCGUGGUGGUUUCCCGGCUCCUCAGGGCCCCUACUACUGCGGUAACGGUGCCGGAAAGGUCUUCUGCCGUGACAUUGUCGAGGCUCACUACAAGGCCUGCUUGUACGCCGAAAUUGCCAUCUCUGGUACCAACGCCGAGGUCAUGCCCGCUCAGUGGGAGUACCAAGUCGGUCCCUGCACCGGCAUUGAUCUCGCCGACCAACUGUGGAUGUCUCGUUUCCUCCUCCACCGCGUCGCCGAGGAGUUCGGUGUCAAGAUCACCUUCGCACCCAAGCCCAUCCCUGGUGACUGGAACGGUGCCGGUCUUCACAGCAACGUUAGCACCAAGGCGAUGCGUGAGGACGGCGGCAUGAAGCACAUCGAGGAGGCCAUGACCAAGCUCGAGGCCCGCCACAAGGAGCACAUGAAGGUUUACGGCGAGGGUAACGAGGCCCGUAUGACCGGUGCCCACGAGACCGCCUCCUACGACAAGUUCACCUGGGGUAUCGCCAACCGUGGUGCCUCUGUCCGUGUCAACCGCGCUUGCGCCGAGGAGGGCAAGGGUUACUUCGAGGACCGUCGCCCGGCCUCCAACGCUGACCCAUACCAGAUCACCGGCAUGAUCGUCGAGACGCUCUGCGGUAAAGUCGAGGGCCAUGACGUCUUUGCCAAGAUCGCCAACACCGAGGUCAACGAGCUCGACACCAAGGUCACCACCUCCCUCCCAUAGAUUACCUCUCACGACACAAUCCGUCCCUGAGAACGAUAGAUCGCUAUGACCAACCAAUGAAAACAAAAACCGAAUCACACAUACACACAAAAACAAGAGUCAAGGGACUAGGUGAUGGCAUGGGAAGGUGUUGACAGGAAGAGACAGAGCCACGUGCACAAGCGUUGGUAGUCGGUUCAGACGAUUCAUUUCGAUCUCUCCCGACAACCUCGCUGUGUCCGUGGCCUCUAGGAUAGGAAGACCAGUCGGUCGCAAGGAUAUCGAUGACCCAUGACCGCCAGAGAACCUUGCCGCCCGCAAAUUUUCCGACGACGUGGCAGCUACGAGUGUCAUCUCGUUCGCGUUGGCGGCAUUUCCGUAUCUGCUUUUUGGACAAGCAUGAUGAUUGAAGGCUUAGGAUUAGAAAACCUUUGAUGCGAUUUAGCACGACAAUGAAAUGAGAAUGAACCCAUUUUUACCCCACCUCAGAAUCGAAC